AUGGUGACAAAAGAGUCUAUAAUAAGUGAUCUGGAAAAGGAAAAUGUUGGCCCAGAAUUCGGCGAGUUUCUAAAUUCACUCCAAACCGAUCUGAACUCCGAGAAACCUUUAAUUGAGCAAGUCAAGUCUCAACUGGAAACUCAUUUCAACUUGGGACCCGAAACCCAGGAGUUCUCCAGGAAAAACGACAAUGCUCCCGUUGACCAACUGCUGACAAACUACUAUAACAACUAUGAGGUCAACGUGCUGGAAUUUGUGCUUCAAAUGGGGUUCUGUAAAGAUCUGAGUAUCCCCCUGAAUGUAUGGUUCGUACUGGAUAUGAUCUCGCAAUUGAGUACCUCCAAACAGGACUUGCCCUUGGACUAUUAUUUAGUCUUGAACAAUAGUCACACCGGAAAGUAUAGUGACUUUGUACGUUACCUUAUCUAUGAGGCUGUAGGGGCAGAGAUUCAUUGUUUUGAACAAGGCGAUAUGCCCCAACAAUACCGUUCCUCUCGCUGGGAGGACAAAGUUAAGGGCCCAGCUCUCGCCAAUAGGGGACCUAUUAGAGGUAAUGUUGGGGCUGGUGAUAGAAAAAUCACGUUUCAUCUGUUGUGCAAGAAGACUGCCAGGAUGAUUUUGGUUGGGGAUGACCGUGAAACAGACUUUGAAAUGUCUGACAGGUCUUUUGUAACUCUAUUGCUAGAUUAUUAUCAGCGAGUCGGUACCACCAAAAAAAUCGACCUGUUAUUGUUGACCAAUAACUAUGACACCAACAUGAACAACAAAUUGCAACAGCUCAAAAUUCUAGAGUCUCUGAACAUGCUCAAGUCUAACUGCUAUGUAUUAGACUAUCAGAUCACUGCGGACCAAGUUACUGCAAACUUUAACUCAUACGUUGAGGGUAUUCCAGCAUUUAGAAGACAUGAGAUUGCCAAUUUUCUGAAGAAGCGGAGAACACCAAAGAAUGCCGACGAGCUCAUUUUCAAGUACGUUGGUCGUUGGAAUAUCUGUUAUCAGAAAAAGUUUCAUCAAGGCAACAUCUCCAUCCAUCAAAUUUCUGGUUAUCUUGAUUGA